GAUUUCGUCACCUUAGCGACACGCGCUUUUUCCGGUGUUAGCAGCUAGCGGUGCGGCGCCUAUUCUUAUCUCCGCCACUUUCUUUUUCCCCACUUUAAUUCGAGUCAAGAAAUGGCCGCCGCCGGCGUGCAGAGUCGGAAGAGGCUCCUGAAGGACGAGGACAUGACCAAGGUAGAGUUUGAGACCAGCGAGGAGGUGGACGUCACCCCCACUUUCGACACCAUGGGCCUGCGGGAAGACCUGCUGCGCGGCAUAUACGCUUACGGGUUUGAGAAGCCGUCGGCCAUUCAGCAGCGAGCCAUCAAGCAGAUCAUCAAAGGCAGAGAUGUCAUCGCCCAGUCUCAGUCUGGAACGGGGAAGACGGCCACCUUCUGCGUGUCGGUGCUGCAGUGUCUGGACAUCCAGGUGAGGGAGACGCAGGCGUUGAUCCUGGCACCAACCAGAGAACUGGCCGGACAGAUCCAGAAGGUGCUGCUGGCACUGGGAGACUACAUGAACGUUCAGUGCCACGCGUGUAUCGGAGGGACCAACGUGGGUGAGGACAUCCGCAAGUUGGACUUCGGCCAGCACGUGGUGUCGGGAACGCCGGGGCGAGUCUUCGACAUGAUCCGGCGCAGGAGUCUCCGCACGCGUGCCAUCAAAAUGUUGGUUCUGGACGAGGCCGACGAGAUGCUCAACAAAGGUUUCAAGGAGCAGAUCUACGACGUGUACCGCUACCUGCCCCCCGCCACGCAGGUGGUCCUCAUCAGCGCCACGCUGCCCCACGAGAUCCUGGAGAUGACCAACAAGUUCAUGACGGACCCCAUUCGCAUCCUGGUCAAGCGUGACGAGUUGACGUUGGAGGGCAUCAAACAGUUCUUCGUGGCCGUGGAGCGCGAGGAGUGGAAGUUUGACACCUUGUGCGACCUGUACGAUACGCUCACCAUCACGCAGGCCGUCAUCUUCUGCAACACCAAGAGGAAGGUGGACUGGCUGACGGAGAAGAUGCGAGAGGCCAACUUCACCGUGUCGUCCAUGCACGGGGACAUGCCGCAGAAGGAACGCGAGUCCAUCAUGAAGGAGUUCCGCUCGGGGGCCAGUCGCGUGUUGAUCUCGACGGACGUGUGGGCUCGCGGUCUGGACGUUCCUCAAGUUUCUCUGAUCAUCAACUACGACCUGCCCAACAAUCGAGAGCUGUACAUCCACAGGAUCGGCCGCUCUGGUCGCUACGGCCGCAAAGGCGUGGCCAUCAACUUUGUGAAGAACGACGACAUCAGGAUCCUGCGUGACAUCGAGCAGUACUACUCCACGCAGAUCGACGAGAUGCCCAUGAAUGUGGCUGAUCUGAUCUGAUGUGCUCGGCCGGACCAGGACUGUUACGGUGUCCCUCUUUUAGCUUCUGCCUCAACUUCCUGUUGAGUGGGAGGACCAUCAGUGUCUUGUUUUUGUAAAUAAAGCUCCCCCCGUGUUACUAUAGCAACAGCUGACAAGAUGGUGUCCAUGUAAUUGUUUGUUUAUUUCACAAUAAAAAUUCAACAAACAA